UAAUUAUCAACUAGGGCCACUCACUGGCCCAGCUAAUAAACUAAUCUCCAAAAAUAUCUGAGCUAUAAAUCAAGGUGUAAUGGAGAAGUGUUCCUUGCAACCCAGAAAUGGCAUCCAAGAAACCAUUCGUUAUCGAUCAGGCAGAUGAAAUCACUGAGAAAGCCGCAUUCACAUGGCGGACUAACAUGAGUGUUCGAUGUAGAAGUCAGACCAGAGAGGAGAGAAGUCGACUGAUGGGCUUUGGAGGCGGCGAUAGUCAAGCGAGUCUGGGUCCCACACCUCGCGAUCGUUUGCCAGAUGAUGCUAUGGCCUAUUAUGCGCUUCCCAUCCGCCGUCCCAUAGCGGCUCUUCGGCAGGUGCCUGGUGAUUUUAGCAGUUGGGGACCAAGGAGGAACGUGGGCUUCUGGCCUACCGUCGCUCCCGAGGAAAAGGUUUGGUAUCAGGAGGUCCGAGCGAGAGAUUUGGCCCGAUGGGAUGCGGUGGGUAUCACCCAAACCAUCGAUCUAUGCUUCUGUCUUCCCCAUAAUACUAGCCCUGCACCGCUAGCAGCCGCUCUUUGCUUCUGGAACACCUCCAGCAAUACAUUCGACUUCCAGUUUGGGCAGAUGAGCAUAACUCUGCUGGAUGUUCUUACCAUCACGGGGUUGCCCAUUGACUUUGACCCCUAUGUGCAUGGUCAGUUUGAUGGCAUUCAAUUUUCUUUGAGAAUGGAUAUGGCUGGUCGAGGGCAUCACAGCAGAUCCUACCCAUUCUGGCGCGACUAUUACUGCACCCAGCGUGACCAUACAGAAGGUAUCGCAUUCCUGGAAUUCUGGCUUUGCAAAUUUAUCUUUUGCACUUCUUCCAACAAACCUACUGGGCCCUGGAAUUCUCUGGCCACUGCUCUCUACAAUGGUAUUUGCGUUGGCCUUGGGCAACCUGUAUUGGGUGCGUUAUAUCGCUCCCUUUAUAGAGCCGUAAUGCGCCCCUUCGAUACCGAAAUUAGUGGUCCCUUCUGGAUCCUUGCCUUUUGGCUGCAGAUUUAUUUCCCUCUCUUCCGUCGCGGUGAUAUUCCAAAGGAACCUCCAGUUGAUUCCCUUUUGGGGAACUGGCUUUGCCGCAACGUAAGGUAUCGAACUCCUCCCUACUCCGAGUGUUUUAUUUACUUGUACUUGCUGGGAGAGAUGCCGGACCCAAAAAUAGUCAUUUCUAGGAGUUUCCCUCCUCCCCUUGACGAUGGCUUUCUGCCCAGUGGACGGGAUCAUAGCGAAAGAGCCCUCCUGGCCUUUCGUCGCGCCAUCUCCUGCUUAGAUAUUCGUCUUGCCACCGACCGCGUAAGUUAUGAGCUCUAUGCCCCUAACCACUUCGCUCGCCAAUUUGGGUUGGCCCAGUUGGUACCCUGGCCUCUGGUUGAUUCUGCCAAUUACUACACCUCUUGGCGGAGAUUAGCCCCACCUGGGUCUGCCCCAUUUCAGAGUCAGUUUACUUUGAUAGUGAUUCCCUCUUGGGUCAGAGCGCUGUACCCCCUCAAUGAUGUCGACGAUGAUUAUGCUGAUUGGUGGAAGAAGAGUCCGUGAACUGUUGGGACCUGCCACAUGACGAACUCUUCGUCCUGAUCUUUCGUGGCAUGAGUAGUCCUGGUCCGGAGGACCGCAAGAUUCUUGAGCGCUUCUCCAACCCUGCAGCACAACCCCCGCGACCUAUUCUACCUUCUCGCUCAUCGCGUCCAGGGAUACAAAUCCACGAGCCUAGGGCAACAGUAAGUUUUUGUCUUUCUUCACCAUUCCUUUUCCUUGUGUUGAUUUUCCCGCUCUUAUUCCUGAGUGUGUUUUGCAGCAAACUACCCGGAGCAGGAUAGCCUCUGUUCAGGCCGGGAAACAAAAGGCAAUAGCAGAGGAGACUUCUGAGGGGGAGUCUUCGCAUGAUGAAGAUCCCGCUGAGGCCACUGCUGUCUUUGCUUGCAAACGCGAUCGAGCUCAAUUCGUCGAAGAGAGUUUUGAAGAUGACGAACCUCUGGGAAUGUGAUUGGUAAACUCCGACCCCGUCUUAUCCUAUUUAAAUUUUAGAAUCUGGGCAGGAUCUUCACUAUGUAUCUUUUGACAGGUCCGUCAAAGGACCACUGAUCCCUCUCGCCUGAGCGAGGCUGGACCCUCAGCCACUGCAGAAGAGCCAACUCUCUCGCUAGUUCAAGCAUCAACUAACCCCUUGGCGCCUCUUCCGUCUCCCACAUCUACAGAGCAUCUGCAAGGUCCUACCAUUCUAAUAACGAUCUCCGAUGACGACUCCUCGGAGCAUGAAAGUGUGGAAAGCCACUAUGAGGAUUCUGCCGCUUAUGAGGAACUGAUGACGACAGAGAUUCUCGCAGCACUAGAGGUCCAAGAGGUGAAUGAGGUGAGGCCUCUUCCUCUUAGUGACCACGUACCAGAUAUUGACCCGACAGCUCGAGAGGUAAGCCACUGUUUGGCCAAUACUUUCCAUUUCCCUUUAGAUCCAACCCCGCUCUUUGACAUUUCUGAACCUGACCAGGAUUCUGUUUGUACCGAGGAGGUGGCUACGAACGCUGAGGGUCCUAUCGGCGGGACAGUCGCCCCAGAGAUGGAAAAUGAUACUGACGGUGGUGGUGCCCCCCAAGUCUCGCGAAUAAAUGAGACAACCGUCGAAGCCGAGGGUCCUGUGCUUGAAUCUGCUCCACUUGCCCAUGGUGAGCCGCGAGUUGAGUUUCCAGAUUCUCCUGUGGCUGAAGGGAUAGACCAACCUAUUGAAGAUGAAGAAACUGAGGAAGCUGUCCACCCUUUUGCAUUGGUGGUUCGUGAUCCUGUGGCGCCUCCGCCGCCUCCUCCUCCUCCCACCAGAUUUGAGAGACUGAUGAGGGUGUUAGAGGUAACUCCUCCUUCUGCUGUGGAUGAGGCUAAAAUGGUGCUUCACGAACAUCUGGGUCCUCAGGUAUUGGAGACAGACAUCCUCCCGCGAGUCUUGGAAGCCCUAAGGUAUCUUUGCCAGGAGAAGGCAUUGACCCUACAGCAAUUUAGUGCCAUUGACGAUCUGCUGAAUGAACUUGGUGAGGCCCGCCAACGUCAACCGCCCGCGAACGCCCAGGCUCACGACACUCGAGAGGCUUUGAAUAGCCUCUCUCGAGAAAUGGACAUCUCUCGCGGUAUUUUAAAUGAGCGAACCAUCCGCCUGCGGGAACUACAAAUCCAAAGGUCCGACUUCAAACUUCGGAUCGAGGACCUCCAUACCGGUUUAGCCUUUGUUGAAAAUGCGAUUGCUACAGAAGAAGCCCAACUCGAUGAACCUCUGGCUGCUUCUGAAGAAAUGGGCCGCAACCUGGCCCGUCUCAGAGAACGGGCCACUCAGGCCGAAGCUAGUGCUAUUGCGGCGAACCUCCGCGUGGAGGAACUUUGCUUGAAAUUGAGCUUUGCGGGCCAAUCUCUGUAGGCCCCCUCGAAAACCGUUCGGUCUCCUCACAUGCUGUUAAUCCCUUCUUUUUCGAGAUUUAAGGCAUUAAUCACUCGUUGAAAAACAACGGUCGUGAAAAAAUAAUCUCGUGAAAAGAACAGUUACCUCCUCGAAAACCGUUCGGUUUCCCCACAUGCUAUUAAUGCUCUAAUAAUAGCUAACUCCUCAAAAACCGCUCCUCACAUGCUGCUAGUCCCUUUUUUCCCGAGAUUUGGAAUCACUAAUCUCGAUUUACUGACAUCGGUUUUGAAAUUGAGCUUCAUCCAAGGGUGGGGAUUUGCCUGAAGUCCCUAUAAAUAGUUGUAUUUCAGGAAGGGAAUACUCACAACAACUUUUCUGAAAUAUUCGAGAAAUGGCCUUUCAAUCCUUGCUUCUUUUUCUCAUUCUUCACAAAUCUUCCCCUCAUGAAAUGACCUUUAGCCUCUAAAUUUUAGGCUUUAUGGCGUAAUCUUAAGCCUGGGUUAGGCCUCAUGGCGUAAUCUUAGGCAACCCCUUGUUUCGUCCUUCUAGAGUUCUGCAGCAAAAAUGCCAGGCUUCAGAUUGGUUUAGAAACGCGAGGGGGCUCCGAGUGUGGGAUCCACGAUCAUGCGAGAUCAUCUUUGUCAUAAUCCUACACAUGGAGCGAAACGGAGAAAGGGAGGACGACCACUCUGAGGUUCGUCUUUCCUCCUCUGUUUCCUUCCUUCUGGACCCGGCCCAUGUUGUGCCCUCCAGAUGGAAGGGGCUUUGGUUCUCAGCUCCUUCUCCCCCUUUCUCUUCUUGAUAAAAUCUUGGAGGGAUGAGAAGGGAUGGACUCUUUGAAGAAAUGGGUUCAAGCCACAGAAUGGCUGUUCCUAUACUUCACGUCCAACUAAUGGUGGUUACCAUGGCUAGAGGGGAUGCAGAGACUCAAGCUGAUAUUCGGUUCCUUCACUCUCUGCCCCUCCAGGAGAUAAUGGCGCGGCUCAACCCGACGUUGGAUUCCAUAGCUGCUUCCACUUGAGAAAAGAUUCAAAAGAUAU